AUGUUCCAUUACACGCUUUUUGAAAUUGUUGGGCAUUUUCAGUACGGUGAGGAAUUGGGCGUCUUACGAGCAGGAGCACGGAAAUCGUGGGUACACGGCCAGCCCAGAUUGAUAAAAGCCUCGAAUUUACUAUCAGCUCUCGCUGACUUCACCUGGAUCAACCUUUUGCUCCGGUGGACCAUACCCUGGAUGUCAAAAUGGUUCCGCAAGGCAUACUUCAAGCCUUCGAAUGACCUCAUAGACCAUCGGCUUCAAAUCCAAAGCGACGAGCCUGACCUUAUUGGUCUUACAUUUCGCAACAGUCGCAGCUCAGCUUUGACUGAGAAGGACAUUCGUGCCAAUGCUCACAUCAUGAUGAUUGGAGGAGCAGAAACAACCAUGGGCCUCAUGACAUUCUUGACUGCGUGCCUCCUCCAGCACCCCGAGUGCUUUGCGCGUCUAAAAGACGAGAUUCGCACAGAAUUCCACCAUAAGAGCCAGGUCUCUCUGGAAUCGGUAUCGAAGCUUGCUUACUUAGAUGCUUGUAUAAAGGAGGCUUUAAGAAUGUACCCCCCACUCCCCGGAGCUAUGCAUCGUGUUACCCCUCCAGGAGGGGCACCCAUAGCCGGUCACUGGGUCGCAGGAAACACACGAGUCUAUAUUCCAAUUUUUGCAGCCACACAUUCCCCAAACCACUUCUGGAACCCUGAAAGUUUUGUUCCUGAUCGUUGGCUAGAGGGUGCAGAAGGCCCGUACCAGAAAGAUAACAAAGCGGCAUGCCAUCCCUUUUCGGCAGGACCGCGGGGUUGUAUUGGCCAAGAGUCUUCGUUCAUGGGGAACAUGGGAUGUGCCGCCACUCAUGAUGCGGUAAAAACCAAGCACAACGAAUACAUGGAAACCUACACAGAGACACAUCUCCAAAACCUUGUCGGAGCCUCCCAAGGCCAUCUCAACUCCAAUGAAAUGAGACAAAAAUGGACCCUGACAUGUCUCGCUGCCUUCACCACCUUUCUCGCCAUGAUCAAUGGAACCAUCAUUACCGUGGCGCACUUUGAGAUCUCAAAACACUUCCAUGAUUUCGGGACCGGUCAUAUCUUCCUCUCAACCUAUCUAUUAUUCCUGUGCUUCCUUGUGCCCCAAGCCGUGGCUCAAAACUUCGCGACGUUAGUCGUCACCCGGUUCUUCGCCGGCGGCUGUGUCGCUAUUUUGGCCAAUACCGCCGCCGGUGUGGUUGGAAAUCUAUGGAGCACUGAGUGGUUCAGGUCUAUUCCAGUCAGUCUAUAUAUUCUUGGCUGUAUGAGCUGGAGCAGUACGGGCCCUGUGAUGGGCGCCAUGAUUUUCCACUCCUUGGGAUGGAGGUGGAUUAGCCAUAUGCAGCUCAUCUGCUUUGGGGCUCUAUUUCCAAAUGGUGGCGAGAGCAGUGGUCAUGAGGCGAGUGGGGCUGUUUUAUCUCGACUGAAUCUACAGGGCCUUGUAGUUAGCACCACGAGACCAAUGAUUUUAUUCACAAUAGAGUCUGUCCUCUUCGCGUCGACUAUUUGGUCCGCUUUUACAGUGGGGACUCUGUUUCACUUUACCCAGUCCAUCGAGCAGGUGUUCAUGGGCCUAUAUAACUGGGAGGUUUCACAGACGGGUUAUGUUCAAUGCGCUAUCAUCAUCGGAGAAUGUCUAGGCUGGUUACUUUACUUCGCGUUUGUUUCCAGAAAUACCGAAGUUCCCGGGACUCCGUUCCCGGAGGCAAGGCUGUAUAUGGCGGUGGAGGGCGGGGUUUUUGGUCUCUCGGGUAGUAUGUUCGUCUAUGCUUGGACUUCGUAUUCGAGUGCCGGUAGUGUGUGCGUCGUGACGGGAGUGACGGACUACGUGGUUGAUUUUUAUUGCCUGUUUUCUGGAAGUGCCAUGGGUGCUGUUGCUGCGGGAGAGAAUGUUUUCUCUGCUUUCCUGCCACUUGCAACUAUGAGCAUUGGGCGUGUAUGCUACUUGGUUCUUUUUUGCUUGGUACUGUCGCUUAUUCCUACAAUGAUGUUUGUCUUGGGGAAGGAGGUGCGUGCUCGGAGUGCCUUUAUGAAUGAGAUGACGUAUGAUGCAACGAAGAAACGGUCGGAGACGGUUUGAGGUAGCUAUAGCGGAGAACACAGGAUAAUGAUUGAUGCAACAGUGAAUAGGGUUAAUGAAAUUGCUUCAGACAGUGAAGCUCGUUCUGGGUGGAGA